AUGGAUACCUACGACUCGGCCGACCCCAUGAUCAACUUCCACCCUCUCCCAUACUCCUUCUUUGACAACCCGUCCAUGUUCGCGACGGCUCCCAUGCAAUCCCUCAAGCAAGAGAUGCCGCCAUUCCAGGAUCUGCCACCAGCUCUGAUUUCGUCGGGCUCCGCACCAUCGAUCCCCAGCGCUACGUCCUCCACGGUCGGUUCUCCAUACUCAGGUCCCUCACACACCGUCUCAAGUCAAGAUGGCUUUGAUCGCACGGUUUCUUCCUUUGGUCUGGGUGUCAUGCCAGCUAUCGUCAAUCACGAGGCCUUUUCGCAAGAUGUCCUGGGAACUUCCAUGGAAGCCGAGCUGUCGAUGGGGAGCCAUGAGAAGCUUCCCGACAGUUUUGUGGGUGAGUGCGCAGAUCUUUCCUCUUCUUAUCCUCGACCAGAGACCGGUGCCAUUUUCAAAGCCCAAUCCGUGCAGCCACUUUCAUCAUCUAUUAUUGCUUCGCCUGAGUCGCUGUCUAUCCAUACUUUCUUUGAUCAAGGCGUGUCCACUGUGCCUUCAGUUGCUUCCCAAUCCGGGGUUUCCACUGCUACCCCGUCCCCUUCAUCCGAACAGACUCGGGCAACACCGACUUUCAAAUCUCCCACCACACCUGCUUCAGCAUGCUCCAGGCAAUUUUCCGCUAUUUCUCCUGUCAAGGCGAGAAACUUUCCUUCAACCUCGCGCUCACAAACAGCUCCUGUUUUCCACCCUCACAUGCUCUCCCGUGACGCGCAAACCGCACCACAGCAACAGCAACAUCACACGAGCCGUUUUCAAUCUCAUUUCUUUGCCCAAAGCAGUGGUAACUUCAUGCCCCCACUGGAAUCAUCCUAUCCGUCCUUGAUCCAUGCUUCUAGAUCGUAUGGCGACACGAUGUUCGCUGAACAUGGGGUUUUCGCACCCAGCUUGCACUCUUUCACCGCCACAUCUCCUUCUGGCUCACCAGCUCCAUCACCGCAGCCAUACAGCGUUUAUCCCCCAGCCCAAUUUUCCGAACCUCUUACCAAUACCAACUACUAUCACCAGCCGCAUUACAUGAGCCGACGACCUUCGCUAGCUUCCUAUGUAUCGGGGGUUUCACACCCAAGCCCAACCUCAGAAAUCGAUGAUGACGGUCGGGACAAGGGCCGAUGCCCACAUCCAGAGUGCGGCAAGGUUUUCAAGGAUUUGAAGGCUCAUAUGUUGACCCACCAAGCCGAACGGCCAGAGAAGUGCCCGAUCCUGACUUGCGAAUAUAAUCAGAAAGGAUUCGCCCGCAAAUACGACAAGAAUCGGCACACUUUGACUCAUUAUAAAGGUACCAUGGUAUGCGGAUUCUGCCCGGGAUCAGGCUCCCCAGCCGAAAAGAGCUUCAACCGAGCCGAUGUCUUUAAGCGUCACCUGACUUCUGUUCACGGCGUCGAGCAGACACCACCCAAUAGCCGAAAGCGCAGUCCAUCGGCCAACAACCGAAAGCUCUCCAGCUACUGUCAAGACGCUACUGGCAAAUGCUCCACCUGCUCAGCGACCUUCAACAAUGCCCAAGACUUUUAUGAGCAUCUUGACGAUUGCGUGCUGCGCGUUGUGCAACAAGAGGAGCCUUCCGAGGCGGUGAAUGUUCAGCAUCUCUCACAAAUCAGCGCCGAUAAGGAGGUCCAAGAAACCCUAGACCGUCACAUGAUCAAGACGGAGGAGGCCCCAACCAGCUUCGAUGACGAAGAUGAUGAGGACGAUGAUGAGGACGACGAAGAUGACGAGGAUGAUGAUCCGUCGUUCAACAGCCGAUCCGGCAAAGGCGCACUGAAGUCCAACAAGUCCUCUGGAUCAUCGCGAGCAAUCAUCGGUGGCGGUAUCUCCAAACCUGGCAAGUUUUCGAAGAAAGGCAUGACAUGGUCCAAAGGCGGAGUGGCUCUUGUCGGGAAAGGGCGCAAGAAGAGAAGGCACUAUCCGCCGUCCUGGGGCAUGUCCGCCGAGAAGAUGCGCAUGAAGAAGCGCGUGCUUUGUGUAUAUGAUGGUCAGCGACGUCUGUGGAAAGAUGACAUGAUGCUUCACAACGAAUUCGAGGUUCGGAUGACUCUGCCGGACGGCAAGAGCUAUGUCACCGACCUCGACGUCGAGACCCUGAAGCGAGCCGAGGCCUUCCACAACGCCACAGCUGAAGAGAAAGGCCCCUGGAUUCCGACCACGGAGGAUGAGAGUCAAGGUUUCGACCUCAAUGCUCUCAUGGCCUAA